UUGUAUUCAUAAUUCCCUUCUUUCUGCAAGAAAACAUAUGAUGGUUAUUCAGUGAAACGUGCCAACGUACACGGGCUAAAAACCAACAGAAGCGCACAGAGCGCGUUUCCCACCUUUCAGCUUGAUCUGAGGUACUCUGUGCAGAAGGCUCCCUGUGCAGGCGCUGUGGAUGCUGAAGUUUGCAACAUAAAACAGCGUUGGAGCAGGCCAGCUGUUUGAGCAAAAAGCCUAAACAUGGUGAGGCUGGAGCUUGACCAGGUGGUGAUGAGGAGGAUGAAGGAAGAGGACAUUGAAAUUGUCAAAGCCCUUAUCAAGGAGGGCUGCGAGGGCACGGAAAAUCGUCUCAUCCUCCACAUCCUCACUCGCCCACUCUGCCUUUUCAUCCUCGCUGUGUUUUCCUCAAUUCUGCGCUGCCUUGUCCACUCUUUCAUCCUGGCCCUUGCUAUUCCUGUCUUCCUGUUAAUUGUCUUUCUCAAAAUCACCAUGCCGCGGUCAACCGGGGUCCUGGGCAGCAGCCGGCCCUACUGGGACUAUGUGGGUAGCAGCUACAGAGAGGCACAGGAUGACACCCUGCAGAAUCCCUACUGCCGGAUCAGUGGGAAGACACCAUUUACAAAAAAGCCAAAGCGCCGAGCUGGAUCCAAAGACAAGGAAAAAGAGACAUCAACAGAAAAGAUCACUCCGGAGAGGGAGCAGGCAGCAGGGCAGGUCUGGGUGGCAGAGAGUGAGGGAGAUAUCCUGGGCUGCAUCUUCCGGGAGGGCGAGACACGAGCGGGCAUCAGCAGGAUCUGCAGGCUGGUGACAGGCUCUUGGUACCGCAGGGAGGGCCUCGGUCGGCUGCUUGUCCAAAGCCUGGAGCAGAGAGAGAGAGAGACAGGGGCAUACAGAGUGUAUGCACACGUCCCCUACCCCUCAAAGGUGGGGGAAGCCUUCUUCAGGAAACUGGGUUAUCGCCACCUUGGGGUGGAAACUAGUGAUGAAGAUGAUAAGGAACUGAAACAAGAGACUCCUGAGAGAGGCUUCCUGGGCUACCCCCUCACUAAAGUGUUUUACAAAGACUUGUGAUUGAGUUUUAAUGGACACGUGCAGUUUAAAAGGUAAAGAAGUGCGUCUGAUUUCUGCAGCAGCAUGUUCAAGUAUUUCAUUUAUGUAAUCUUUGUGUUAUUUAUUCGAUUAUUUAUUGAGUGUGCUGCUAUCCCGAGGAUUCAUUUGUUUUGAGUUUAUUUUUCAUCAUCUCGUCAUUUUCAUUUUGAUGAAAAAACGAUUCUUUAUUUAAUCAUUCAAAGAUAGCAUGAUCAUGCCUCAGCUGUGCUGUUCUCUGAGCAUUUGUAAUAAAGUACUAAUUAAAUUAAAUUUAAACUGUUUCCUUA